UUAUCAACGAAACCACGACUCUUCGAAAGAACCAUCCGCAACAAUAUAACCCUCGGACUCGGUAAUUUUGAGUUUACCGAGAUCAAUCCGAUUCAAGCGUGUGAGGACGCAGAGAUUCACGAUCCCAUCACCUCCCUCCCGAAUGGAUAUUCCACCUACUGGGUAUCGAGGCUCAAACAUUUCUGA